AUGGUCUUGAUCAAGACCUUCGCGCUCGCGGCCCUCGCAGCUGUGGCAGCCGCAAAAUCGGCAGUCAUCGACUUGACGCCCUCCAACUUUGACGACGUUGUUCUCAAAUCCGGCAAGCCGACCCUCGUUGAGUUCUUCGCCCCGUGGUGCGGUCACUGCAAGAAGCUCGCCCCCGUGUACGAGCAGCUCGCCGAGUCCCUUGCGUCUGCCCAGGACAAGAUCCAGAUUGCAAAGGUCGACGCCGACGCCGAGCGCUCCCUGGGAAAGCGGUUCGAUGUCCAGGGCUUCCCCACGCUCAAGUAUUUCGAUGGAAAGUCGGCCAAGCCCGAGGACUACAAUAAGGGCCGGGAUCUCGAGGACCUGACGGCAUUCAUCACCGAAAAGACGGGCGUCAAAGCCAAAAAGAAGCAAGAGAUGCCCAGCAAAGUGGUUAUGCUCACGGAUGACACGUUCGCAAAGACGAUUGGCGGUGACAAGAACGUCAUGGUUGCGUUUACUGCGCCGUGGUGCGGGCACUGCAAGAACCUGGCUCCUGUUUGGGAGACUGUUGCGACAGACUACGCCAAUGAUGCCCAAGUCGUCAUUGCCAAGGUCGACGCCGAGGCUGUCGACAGCAAGGCCAUCGCCGAGGCCGAGGGCGUCAGCUCAUACCCCACCAUCAAGUUCUUUCCUGCCGGCAGCAAGGAAGGCGUAGUAUACAAGGACAACCGAGAUGAGGCAGGCUUGCUCGAUUACAUUAACGAAAAGGCCGGCACGCACAGAGUGGCUGGCGGUGGGCUCGACGCGGUUGCCGGAACCGUUGCGUCCCUCGACACCCUGGUGGCCAAGCUUGUAGGGGGCGACAAGCUUGCCGAUGUCGCAGCCACGGUCAAGAAGGAGGCCGCGAAGCUCAGCAAGGACGCGCAGUACAAAUACGCCGAGUACUACGUCCGCGUCUUCAACAAGCUCACCAGCAACGAUGGCUACGCCGCCAAGGAGCUUGCCAGGCUCGACGGCAUUCUGUCCAAGGGCGGGCUGGCCCCGACCAAGCGGGAUGAACUUCAGCGCAAGACGAACGUGCUCCGCAAGUUUGUCAAGGAGGCAGCCGAGAAGGUCGAGGAGAAGGCUGGGGAGGUCAAGGACGAGCUGUGA